AUGAGACGAGAUAGAAGAAAAGUUGUUUCAACGCACCAAAUAAAAAAGAAACGAGACGCUUUAAGAAUUGAUGAACGAAUUCAAUCUGUAAAACCUAAACCGUUUAUCAAAGAAAAAAUAAGAAAAAGAUUCCGAGACAAUCCAUUGAAACUUAGAAUAACAAAAAAAAGAAAACACGCUACGGAAACAGAGAAACAAGGAUUUAAUCAUGCAAAACUCUUAGAAAUCAAAACCUUAUAA